ACCCCGGAGCACGAGCAGAGUGUCUGUGCUGACGUCACGGACGUACGUCGAGAGCUGAGUUGUAAGCGCGAGCUCAGACGGAGGCGCGCCGAGGGUACAGCUACAGCUAUGGUGCUCUGUUCUUCUUCGUGAGGACGAAAUCAGCCACUUUUAUUUUCGUUGACGUCUUUUUUCCGUCUUCUCCGCGACGUAAACAAGCCGUCGGACAUUUUGAAAUCGCUUCGGGGAUACAAUAUGUCUUCCACGGCGGUCGCUGCCUCCAGAAGGCAGUCCUGCUAUUUAUGCGAUCUGCCCCGCAUGCCGUGGGCGAUGAUCUGGGAUUUUACCGAACCCGUCUGCCGUGGUUGUGUGAACUACGAAGGUGCCGACCGGAUUGAAUUCGUUAUCGAGACUGCCAGGCAGCUAAAGAGAGCACACGGCUUUCAGGAGGGCCGCUCUCCAGGCCCGGGGAAGCCCCAGCACGCCGGGAAAGAGAUCAAUCACUCGGUUGGGGACCCGGGCUCCCGUCCCCCUCAACCUCUGGAUCGUUAUCCGCUGUCAGACAGGCCGCCGCGGCUGGGCCCGGAGUACCAGGCAGGCAGGCAGGCGAACGGCCUCCCGAUGCCCAACGGAUUUCCCAAACCCGACGAGCCCCCUGAGCUAAACCGCCAAAGCCCCAACCCCCGCAGGACUAGCACGGUUCCUCCUAACUUGCUGCCUUUGGUAAACGGCGGGAUACCUGCCAUACAUCCCCUCAGCGGCCGCCCGACACAGAUCGGUCUGCCCGGCGCUCUGAUCGCGCCUGUCCCCGGGGAGCACGGCAAGCGCCCGGAGGAGCUGAAAGACAAGCACCGGGCGGACAGCAUGUCGGACAUGUCGGACAGCCACAAGGACUGGAUAAACAAAGGCAAAACUGUCAGGGACCUGAUGCUGCACACGUUCGACGGCAGGGUAAAGAAGGACCACACCGCCAUGCAGCGGGUCAUGGCGUACGAAAUGAGUGGCACUUCCUCAAAAACAGACAGGGGGAAGCACCCUCGGCCUGGGAAGAGGAAGGCCUCCCCUGAGCCAGAUUGUGAGAGCAGUGUCCCCAAGAUGAACGGCAGUGAGGGCCAGCCAUGGCUCCCCUCACCCUCUGAAGUCCUGAAGAUGCCCCCAGCUGCCCUGCCAGGCUUCUCUGCGGCGCCUCCAUCAACCAUCUCCCCCCACUCCCGCACCACGCCGCCUGAGGCUGCCACAGCGCAGAAUGGCCAGUCUCCCAUGACUGCACUCAUCCUCGCCACUGACAACGCAGGCAGCAUGGGCUCACCUAAGGACGGCAGCCAGGUACAUUCCACCGUGGCGGGGGCACGACGGAACAGCGGGAGCCCCCUGUCACCCUCACAGAGGAGGCUGGCCCAGAGAGAGGGGCCUGUGAGCGCCAACCCCUCCGCUCCGCAUGGUCCUGGCAGUAUGGAGCCACCGCCACAGAGCAUUCCGGAUUCCUCUGUGCCACCGGGCAGCGUGCCACUGUGCUGCACUCUGUGCCAUGAGCGGCUAGAGGACACUCAUUUUGUCCAGUGCCCUUCAGUGCCCUCUCACAAGUUCUGUUUCCCCUGCUCCCGGGAGAGCAUCAAGCAGCAGGGGGCCACCGGCGAGGUGUACUGUCCCAGUGGUGAAAGGUGCCCGCUGGUUGGCUCCAAUGUACCCUGGGCCUUCAUGCAGGGGGAAAUAACCACCAUAUUGGCCGGAGAUAUAAAGGUAAAAAAGGAGCGGGACCCUUAAAAAGUUCUCUGACUGCUUCUCGUGAACUUGUUUCCCUCUUGUAACCCAAGUAUGGCAACAACAGCAGGACAUAAAGUAACAGACGCAGCUCACCCAGCAAACCUCAGAGGAGCUGACAGACAUGUACAUAGUGAACACAGGGGAGUGUAUACUUCAUAAAUGUGGCUGUAAAAUUUGACUUUUUCUUUAAUACAUUGUGUUUCUUACUGUGUUUCCAGUAAGACUUUUCCUUUUUCCCACCACAGCUGUUUCUUCUCAGUCUGUCGUUGUACUUUAGGUCUGCAGACAGUCCCUGUCGAGCAUAGAAUGUGACUAAUUUGAGCACUUGGCAAAAUCCUUUAAUAAAUGAAACAAAAGAAAUGCUUCUAGCUGUACAUGUAUGCACUUGUUUAAGAAAAAAACUUGCCAAAUACAGUUUCAGACCUUGUAAUAAUACCCCCAGUGUCUCUGUGGUUUGCUUAUUUUCCAUAAUCCUGGAGUUGGUCAGAGAGUCAUGGCCUGAUUGUGAAUCAGUCAUGAUGCAAUCCCUCCCAGCAGGAACAAACUGGCUUCCAGGGAACAGUGGGUGGAAGGGAAAAGUCAGGGAGCGAGGGAGAUCGAGGAGGGGGGAUGAAGGCCGCAGUAGAAGUGCGUUGCAUAAAUGCCGUGUACUGUAAAUCGCACGUGGGCGAGCCGAGGCUGCUCAGCGCUGAGGCCUCGUGCCCCGUGAGUGCGGGGGGAGAUAAGGAGGGCCUAAAAAUAGUCACCGUGGCUUCAAAGUGACACCCGCUCAGGCGUUUGUUGAUGUCAAAACAACUGCCUCAUAUGUCCUGUUUGGGCACUUUGUCUGGAUCUAGAGGUUUUCUCUUUGCUUCUCCCUCAUGGACCCAAAUCAGCCUGACAUCUCGUCAGAUGCUGGCAGCAGAUCAGAGCUGUUGCUGACUGAAUACACGCCCUGAUUCCAAUGAAAGCACAUGGGAGACGUGAGGUCAUGAGCGGCGGAGGCCCACUGGGACUGUUAGCGCAGGAACCGAGUGCUUUCCUCCUCCUUUCCCUUCUCUCUCCUCAUGUUACACCCUCUGUCACGCUGUCAGGAUGACGGAAAUACCUCAGGGCUCUCUUUUCUGUUUCAGACAGGCUUCGUUCUCCACAACAAAGCGGCUUCAUCAGACAAAAUGGCUCCUGUCAGAGUGGAUUUGGACGAGCCUUAAAUCCCCCCACGCUCUCGCCCCCGUGUCAGCAACGUUUAUUUGUCUUAUUUGCUUUGCUUUUACUUCAAACUUAAACGUGUAUAUCAAAGCGUUGUCUGUGGAUAUUCUCUCGCUGUCACGUUUGACUGCUUUGACUUCAGGAAGAAAAUAAGGAGGGGGCCCUGCUUCAAAAUAUGGGGGUGGGAGUAAAACCUUGCUCAGGGGUCACGUGCUCCUUAGUGGAAUUCCUGAGUCACUGUCCUCCCUCCCUCCUCUUCUAAUGUCUCCUCCCCCCUACUGCAGUAACUUUUCAAGGCUGCUGAGCGCACAAACAGCAGAUGAAUGGGGGGCCUGUAUGUGUUUAUGCCAGGACACCGUCCAGAGAGGAAAACGUUAACCCUUUCCCAGCUUUCUCCCUCCACAGACAGCGUGUUUAGUUUUCUCCUGCAGCACAUUUAAAAGGAAUGCAGUUUCCUUCCUGGUAGAGCUGUAUCUGCGCUGCAGGGUUGACUGUUCUUUCAAACUUUCCUGAUUGUCAAACUUUCAUUUUUUAAAUCAAAAUUUUCAGGAAAUUUUAUAUCACAAACAUCUAUAACUUGUUUUUGAAUGUCCUAAAUGGGCCUAAAGAGGUUUUAUAAUAAUUGCAUGCUGUGCUGGACUGCGAUUAAAUCAGUCCAGGUCAGCAGACUAGUAGGUCAGUGGUGGGUUUGGUUAUGCAAUGGUUCUUUUUCUUUAAUGAAAUUCCUCUUACUUUGUAAUCAGCAGUAGACAGGCCUUUACGCUCCUGUCAAUCUGUCACUGGGACUUGCAGACAGCCUCUUAGGUCUAACACAGUUCAUAUGAGUCACAGCUAUUUGAUACUUAGUGGUAAUAAGGAACAUCAAGCUCCUGCAUCACUCCUGUGUGUAGUGGGGAAACCUGAAGUAAUAUUUAAUGCCUUGCAUUAAAAUCAUGGCCAAAGUAACCUCAGGAUUCACUGUUGUGCUUCUCAUCGCACCUUUUACAUUUUACAAGUUUGUCAUCAAAAUGUAGUUCAAUGAAUGCAAGUACUUAAAAAAGAGGUCAAGUAAAAACUGAUAAUUUCAAAUUGUGUUACAGUACAGUAGUACAGGUAGGGCUGUGCAAUAUGACCAAAAUCUCAUAUCCCGAUAUAAAACAUCUAUCGUCCCGAUAACGAUAUAAAUCACAAACAUGGAACAUUUUCUGUAAAUUCUGUGAAUCUUGGGUAGCUGAAGUGUUUCCAGCUGGGCGUCGUGUACCUGGAGUCGAGUGUUUUAACCGAUGCAUGAAACGAUACAUUUUUAGACAUAAGUUGUAACGGCCGCCGUUUUCUUUGUGAGUAUUUAUUACACGGCGUGCUGCGGGGAGAAGCCUGUUCUAACGUUUGAGUCUAAGGUUUAUUUUUUAGCACCUGACGGCUCUUUUUGGCUUCUCAUCCAUAAAUACUCUGCAUACUCUUUCAUGUGAUUCAGUUUAUUUUGAAAAGUCUCAACAGGAUCUUGAGCUUUAUUGUGAAAGGUUUAUGUGGAAAACAAGUGGACAUGCGAUGAUUUUACCGUCGUUGUUGCUAACGACAACGCAUAAAAACAGGCGCUUGUCCGUCCGUAGUGUGGUUAUAUUAAAUAUAAGAGAAAGAGAGAACUUUAAGAAAUUAAUAUAGCCACUACACUGACCAUCAAAACCAUGAAAAAAUAUUGCCGUAAACAGUUUGUUUCGUGGUGUCGCAAAAUAAACGAUAGCGUAAAAUGAAACGAUGGAUGUUUUUAUAUUGUCAUCCGAUAUAUAUCGUUAUAUCGAACAGCCCUAAGUACAGGUAUACACAACCUUUUCUGUUUGAGGUUUCAUCCUGUCAGCAGGGGAGAAUAUUCCUUUUUUAAAAUCAGGAACACUUGGAGAUGUGCAGCGACAGGUACCCAAAACCAAGUUUUUAUUCUGUCAGUCGGACAAGUUCACAGACUGAUAACAAAACAACACUGAUAUUUAGCCAUGUCAGUUUGUAAUGACUUGUUUUCUUAAAUUUAAUAAGAAAACAAGUUAAACAAGUUCAUGUUAACAUUGGUGUCAGGUCUGUCACUUCACUCUCAGUGGUUUGGCUGCUGAAUAUGGAAGCUGCUGUUUGACUUCAGUAGUGAAUAAAACCUAACAACAACCCCCCAAAAAGAGAGACUUGUUAAAGUUUUUUGCAGAUAAUGACACUUCUCUUUUCACAGUCCUGAAACCAAAUAAUAGCCUUUGGGUUAAAACUACUCAGACUUCCUCCAAGUCCUGGAGAGUCUGGAUCAUUCUUCAGUGCUUCGUGUAACACUUUCACUUGAAUGCAUUUUGGUGUUUUUUUAGCAACAAUUGUUCCUAUUUUUGUUGGCCUGUAAGGUUUCAGCUUUGUGAAAAUGAGUCGUAUCUGUAAAUGCUAAAAAAUAAACUUCAACCCGACCACACCAGGUGAGGUUCAGCUCAGAGACCUCAGGCCUGUGCUACUAAGAAACAAAUCUAGAGUAAGUGAUUAUUAACUCAUUGUGAGGUCAUACUGUCCAAAGGUUUAUUAUACUU